AUACAACAAUAGAUCCAACGGCUCAGAAAAAUCACAUUAAAUUAAAAUUUCAAAAAAUAUAUAAAAAAUUGGAUAAAAAAAUGAGUCAAAUAGCAAUAGUUUCAUAACUCACUCUCACUUUCAGAGUUUCAGUCCCCGUUUUCCCUCCCUCACUUUCUUUCUCUCUCUUAUUUUCAUCCGUUGCAGAAGUUGGCUUUGUCUACUCAAGAACGCAACCAAUUCUCUGCUAAACUCAAUUCUUUCGAAUUCCAAUCAAUUUCUUUAUCAUUACUUUCAAAUAUACUUCGAAAUUCAAAGCUAACAAUUGCGACUCCAACAUUCUGGUUUCCGGAGGCUGUAUUUUUGCAGGACAUGCAUAGGGAUUUGAGACUUGAUGUAGAUAACAUGUCCUAUGAGGAGUUGUUGGCUCUAGGAGAGGAAAUUGGGAAUGUUAGAACGGGUUUUAACAAGGAAACCAUUACGAAGUUUCUAAAGCGAAAAGUUUAUGGAUGUGAUGUCGAAAAUCCUAUUUCAGAACCCGAUACAUGUUGCAUAUGUAGAGAAGAUUAUGUGGAAGGAGAAGAUAUUGGAGAGUUAAAUUUUAGGCACGAGUUCCAUGCAGAUUGUAUCGAGCAAUGGCUCACCGUAAAAUACAUGCCCGAUUUGCCAGAUGAAGGGGCUGGAUCCGGAUGUAUAAUAUGCUUCAGCACCCGUAAUUAUAGGUUUAGAAGUAGAUUAAUUUAUAGUUUUACCCAUCUUUAGCAAUUUGUUGCUGGUUGCUUUAGUUAAGCACCAUCAUAAUUAUUGGAUUAUUGGUUAAUUAUUGGAUUAUUGGUUUUGUUGUUGUAACUGAAUAAUUAAUGUGCACUUUGUAAGUGUACAUAUAGGCUUGUAAGUUAUAUAGUUGAUCAUAUGUUAUGCUUCAAUAUAGAUGAAAUGAGU